AUGGCCGAUUCAUCUUCAGAUUUGGGAAGUCGUCGAUCAAGUCCCCUCGCUACCAGCCCUCCUUCCUCUCCGCCCUCUGCUGGCGACAGCAGCUCGCCCAAGAUGGCCUCGGAUACCGUGGACGAGCAACGAUUGCUUGCCGAAGAAGAGAAGGCCAAGUCUCAGAAUGAUAAAGACGAAGCCAAACGUCUCGCUGCCUCUCGCAGGAAGAGGAAGAAGAAGGCCGAGACCAAGGCCGAGAGAGAGGCCAAGGCGCGUGAGCUGGACGAAUUACUCCGCCAGAGCGCGGCGUUCAGCGAUAUCCUUACCAAGAAGACCGAGGUCCUCGGCCGCGUAGGAAGUGGCUUCGACGGCAAGACGCUCGGCGAGCACGACCUCAAAAUGGCUACCCAGCCGAAGUGUCUUGUGGGAGGCCAGAUGCGCGACUAUCAGCUCGAAGGCCUUACUUGGAUGUAUGAGAUUUGCCAACAGGGCAUGUCUGGCAUCCUGGCUGACGAGAUGGGCCUUGGCAAAACCGUGCAAACGAUCUCGCUGAUUGCUCUCUUGCGAGAGCAGGAAAAUUAUCUAGGGCCACAUCUGAUUAUUGCACCUCUCAGUACACUCUCCAAUUGGAUCAAUGAAUUCCAUCACUGGACACCAUCAAUCCCAGUCGUGAUGUACCACGGCGAUCCCUCACAGCGAGAACAGAUCCGCAACACUAAGAUCAUGCCGCAUAUUCCGAACGGCAGACCCACGAAACGAUUCCCUGUUGUAUGCACGUCAUACGAGAUUAUCCUUCGUGAUCGGAUUCAUCUUGCAAAGAUUAAUUGGGAGUUUAUAAUUAUCGAUGAGGGUCACCGCAUGAAAAACUUCGACUCGAAGCUCUUUCGCGAACUCCAACAGUUCCGCUCGGCUACCCGGUUGCUCAUUACUGGCACGCCUCUGCAAAACAACCUCAAAGAGCUGUGGUCGCUCCUGAACUUCCUGAUGCCCAAUAUUUUUACCAACUGGGAGGCGUUCGAACAUUGGUUCGACUUCAGCGGUUUGGAAGACGAAGAAGGUACCGAGGAGUUCAUCGCUGAUCGGAUGAAGCAAGACCUGGUCAAGAAGAUCCAUCUCAUCCUGCAGCCGUUGCUACUACGUCGCGUCAAAGCGGACGUAGCCAGCCAUUUGCCAAAAAAGAGAGAGUACGUGCUGUUUGCCCCAAUGACCAAGGAGCAGACAGACCUGUACAAUGUGAUCAACGACAAAAACAUUGACACGAGGGCCUACCUUGAGGACAAGGUUGUCGAGCGUCUUACUGGAACGACGAACAGCCCAGCCCUGUCGCGAAAAGCCACUCCGAAGACGUCUCGGUCAAGCAGCAUAAACCCUAAGGUAGAGCCUGAGGCCGAUGCGGCACCAGUCAGGUCCAGCCCACGGGGUAAGGCGUCGAAGGGAGGGCCUCCUGCCAAAGCCAAUGCAUUCACGCUCAUGAUGGGCCAGCCUCGUGGACGUGGGAGACCGCAAAAGAGUGACGGACCCGCGCAACCCGCUGCCACACCUGCCAAGACGGCGGGUAAGCGAAAAGCUGCCGAGCCCGUGGCGCAGCCGCCGGAGCCAAAGAGCAACAAGUCUAGCAGGCACUCUACUCCGGCGAGUUCUCGCGGCCGCCCGCGCAAGGGGCGCAAGUCCUACAAAGAAGAGGAUGCCUCCGACGAAGAUCUCUUGUCAGACGACGAGUUCGAGGCCAAACUGGCCGAGGAGUUCGCUUCGGAAGAUAUCGAGGAAGUGGCUAUCACAAUGCCAGCUGAGGAUUUUGAGCGCUCUCAGACGCUUGACCUGGCCAAGAAGGAGAUCGCGAACAAGAAACUGGGCAAUCCAUUGGUCCAGCUACGGCUGGUGUGCAACUCACCACACAACUUCUACAACCCGUGGGCAUCAAGUACGGACGUGCCGGUGGACGAGAGCAUCGUUACGGCAUCCGGAAAGAUGUUGCUGCUCGACCGGCUUUUGCCUGCGCUGUUCGAGCAGGACCACAAAGUGUUGAUCUUUUCGCAGUUCAAAACCCAGUUGGACAUUCUAGAAGAUUACUGCAAGGAAUUGCGUGGCUGGAACACAUGCCGAAUCGAUGGGUCGGUAGCGCAGGAGGAUCGGAAAACCCAGAUCGAGGAGUUCAACUCCAAUCCGGAGUUCAAAAUCUUCUUGCUGUCGACACGGGCUGGAGGCCAGGGGAUCAACCUUGCGAGUGCCGACACGGUCAUCCUGUUUGAUUCUGAUUGGAAUCCCCAACAAGACUUGCAGGCGCAAGAUCGCUGCCACAGGAUUGGUCAGACUCGCCCGGUUAUCGUGUACCGUCUCGCAACGAAGGGCACGGUCGAGGAAGAACUUCUGCUCAGCGCCGAUGCCAAGCGUCGCCUGGAGAAGUUGGUCAUCCGUAAGGGUGGCUUCAAAACCAUGGGCCAAAAGAUGGACAUGAGGGAGGACCUCGACAAGGAGACCCUCCGGGCACUGCUUCUCCGAGACGGAGAGGUCUACAAGUUCUCCGGAGACAAGGAGAUCCUCAGCGACCAGGACCUCAGCGUUCUUUGUGACAGAAGCGAGGAGGCCUACGUGCGCGCUGCUAGAGGUGAUGGCGAUGCCGAUGCAUUCAAGGUCGUCGAGACCGGCGUGGACGGCAUCAAGCAGACCGCCAAGUCUAGUUGA